CCUUGGGGCCAUUUUCUCCCCCAAAGGAUGGGCCAGAGAGGAGUUGGCAUGCUGGGCGCGGGCAGCGAGCACCCCACGGCAGCUAAAAUCUGCAGGGUUGGGGAGGGGGCAUCCCAGGAGGGUGUGCAGGGAGUGUUCAGGGUGGGCGAUGGAGCGCCCUUCUCACCCAUGGGACACCCUGGGGUGCCCAGAGCAAAGGGACGUCCCUGCUCUCUGCAGGCAGGACCUGGCAGACCCCAGGCACCCUUUGGGAUGGCAGCCUGGGGCUCCCAGUCCCGCACAGGUAACAGAGCGGCUCCCUGCUCAUCCAAAGUUCUUGGAGUUAUGACAAUGAGGGUCUGAGCAAAAUUCAAGCCAAUGUCUGACAGCAUGGCUCUGCACCACAGGAAAUGGCCUGCACCCAGCAAAGAUGCUCUGAUAGCCCACAGGACCAGUGUGGCCUCCCACAGAUGCCAUGGGUCCCUGUGCUACCAAGCUGCUGGGACCUGGCAACCCCAUCCCCUGUCACUGGGAAUUGGGGAUGUCAUGGAACCUGCAUGAGGCCUGGGGUGGAGGAAUGAGGUGCAAAAAGGGAAGAGCAGGUUGGGUGGGUUGUGGUCUCUUGGGAGGGAACGUGGGCUGGGGGAGGAAGGCAACACAGGGCUGGGAAAGGAGGAACAGGGCUGGGGGCUCAGGGCAAGGGAAGGGACAGGGAGAGCAGAGGGACACUGAAAAGGUGGCAAGUACAUUUGGGGACUGUCACUUAUUCUCUGCCCAGGGUGGGCUCAGCUGGCAGUGCAGUGGGUGCGUAGCAGAGAAUGGAUGCACUCAGCACAUGGAGCAGGGCCAGGCACUGGCAGAUGGCUUGUUGUGGGGUCCUGCAGCUAGGGGCAGCCCCUGGGGAAGGAGGCACAUCCCAGGAGGAGGAGGAGGAGGGCUGGAGUAAGUCCCAGGGCAGAGGCAGUGGGGGAGAAGGGAGUGCUGGAGCAAUGCUGGGGGGCAGCAAGGCCACCCCUGUGCUUGACACAUCUGCAUCUUGGGGCUGUCCACUUUUCCCUGACAACAGCAACAGGCACCCAUGUGCCAGCAAAGCUACUGGUGCUUGGGAUGGAGCUCCUGCAGAUCGUGAUGCUCCAGUUCAUCCCUGCAUCAACAGGGAGAGCAGCUUGCUAAGUGGGGCAGAGAAACCCACAGCCCCCCAACCACUCCCCAGGCUGGGGUUUCAGCAUCCCCCCCUUUUCAGGACCACUCGCCCCCACACCAGCCCCAAGGCUCUUUCCCUCUCCCCGGGGCGCUGCUCCUCCUUAUCUUGCUUCCGCGCACCUUCCGGCGUGAACAGGGCAGGGGUGCUUCCCGCCGAUCGCUGGGCCCCGAGCCCCCCUCCGACCGCAGGGCUAUUUCGGGAUGUUUGUUUGUCCCAAAGGACCCUGCGUGCUGAGGAGGGUGGGGAGCAGUGGGGCUGGCCGGCAGGGAGCCCUGCUGCCAGCCAGGACACCGGUGCGAGCCAGCAGCCAGCAUGCGUGCCGUGUCCCUCCCCACCGUGCCAAGCUGGUGGAGGGCACCUGUGGCACGUCCACGUCCGCAGCCAUGCCCACGCUGCCCCAGACGCUGCGCUGUUGGCGGGGGUGCCCGAGGCCAUCCUCUGCUUCUCCCGCUCCUUUGAGGACCUCACCUGCUUCUGGGAUGAAGAGGAGGAGGAGGCGGCGAGCGGGAUGUGCCACUUCUACUACUGGUACAGCAGGGAUGCGCCCACGGCGUGCGCAGUGUCCACAUGGCGCCGUGGGGCUGGUGGGACGCGGCAUGUCUGCGUCUUCCCCAGCCAGGACGUGCGGCUCUUCAUCCAGCUCCACCUCUGCGUCCUGGAUGCCAUCACCAACCAGACCAAGUACUGGCGGGAGCUCACUGUGGAUGCAGUGGGUCUCAUCGCCCCCCCGGCAAACAUCACGGCCCGCUGGGCUGGGGCUGCAGGGCAGCUCUGCGUGUCAUGGCAGCCACCACUUGCCGACUACCUGAACUUCUUCCUCUACGAGGUGCAGUGCUGCCCUGCCAGCUCCACAGAGAUGCCCUGCAGCACCGUGUUGGACCCCGGUGGGCAGCACCCUGGGGACCCCUCCAUCCAGCCAGCCAUCAGCACCCAUGCACCCACGGCUGGGGAAGCCACAGCCUCCCUGGGAGCGGGGCAGAGACUGGUCCAGGCCAACACCUGGGUGGUCCUCCGGGACCUGCGGCCAGGGGUGAGGUACCACAUCCAGGUACGCAGCAAGCCUGACGGCACCUCCAUGGAUGGCGUCUGGGGGCCCUGGUCACGGGCAGUGGCUGCAGAGACACCCCGCUCCUCUGGAGACAUCGGGCUGAGCUGCAGCACCCCUGACCUGCAGCACGUGCGCUGUGAGUGGAGCUGGGACCCUGCAGAGCCCCACGGCUCCCACCAGCUCUUCUACCGUCCGCCUCCAAGCAGGGCCAGCACAAGGGAAGACGCAUGGCAGCAGUGCGAGGAGGUGAGCGUGGGGGUGCAAGGCACCCACGCCUGCACCUUCCAGCCCAGGGCUGGCAGCGCUAUCUCUGUCCUGGUGAAUGUCACCCGGCCCCACGCGCUGCCCACGCUCAGCUACUUUAAGGAGCCCUUCUGGCUGCACCAGGCCGUGCUCACAGAUGCCCCGCAGCUUGUGCAGGCAACGGUGUCACAGGGCCAGCUGAGCCUGCAGUGGCUGCCGCCCCUGGAGGUGCUGGCAGAGCAGCUGGACUACCAGGUCCGCUAUGCCGUGGAGAAGAGCCAUGACUGGAAGGUCCUACAGGUCCCGCGGGCAGCCAGGAAAGAAGUCCUGGACCUACGGCCAGGCGCCCGCUACCAUGCCCAGGUGCGGGCCCAGCCCAGCGGGCCAUGGUACCAGGGCAGCUGGAGCGCCUGGUCCAAACCUGUCGUGGUCGACGCCAUGGCCAGUGCGGGCUGGAUCAUCCCGAGUGUUACGGUGGUGCCGCUGCUCUUCACAGGAGUGCUCCUGGGGCUGCGGUGCACCUUCCCUUCCCUCUACAGCAACGUGAAGCAGAAGCUGUGGCCCCCUGUCCCCGACCUGCACCGCACGCUGGGCAGCUUCCUCCACGAGAGCAGCAAGCACGGCCAGGCCAACACCUUCUACAAGCAGCCGCCGGAGGAGGCCGUCCUGCCCUGCCUGCUGGAGGUGCUGCCCGGCCCGCGGGGGGAGCCGGGCGCGCCGCCGCCGCCUCCGCCGGAGCACGCUGCCGGCCGCCUGCCCGGCACCGACAUCGCCAACCAGUCCUACCUGCUCAUGAGCGGCUGGGAGCCGCGCGGGCCGCCCUGAGCCGCGCUCCCCGCCCCGGCAUAAAUGAGACGAGCAAACACCCAGCCUCCUCUCUCCUUCGCGGCGCCCCGAACCCGAACCCGGC